AGUGAAGGCACCACGGCAGCGGAUGUAGCAGCAGCACCAAGAGUCUUCAGUAUACAGUACAUGGCAACCAUGUAGCGCUGGGAACUGGAAUAUUUAAGUAAAAUCUAAUUUCCCACAUUGAUCUAACGCUGUCUUAUAGUUAUAUUUAAUGAACAUGUUUCUAUGAGGAAAAGGGGAAGUCGGAAGGCAUUCACAAGGCGGGGGAGUCGACAGAGAAUUGGACGUCUGUGACAUACAGACACUAUCUGCCUGGAGAUUUGAAAGGGGUCUGUGGGCUACUCCUCAUUUAUUAGCAUACCAUAGCAUGUUGUCAGCUUUAUAGAAAGGACUCUGCGUCUGCAGCUUAGCGUGUAUUCAACUGACACAAAUGGACAUGUAACGUUUAAGGAGUCUGGGGCCAGUCUGUAGUUUUGCACCGGCGCUGUCUGUCCGCGUUACCGCCCCGUUUUUUCCUCUCCAGUUGCAGCGCUAACAGCGCAGCCAGAGGGCUGAAGAGAGACUACACUGCUGGGUGAAGACGAGCCUCUACAGCCGGCCGCUGUGUUCACACCAUGGGGAAUACAACCUCCUGCUGCGUGUCCUCCAGCCCCAAGCACCGGAGGAACAACCACUCUAAGCUGGAGACCUACCGGCCUGAGCCGGAGCUGAGCCGUGAGGAUACGGGCUGCAACCUUCAGCAUAUCAGUGACAGAGAAAAUAUAGAUGAUCUUCCCAUGGAAUAUAAUCCCUCAGAUCAUCCCCGGGCCAGUACCAUUUUCCUCAGCAAGUCGCAAACAGACGUUGCCGUUCCCAGCAGACGAGUUCGAGAAAAGAGGAAGAGCCUUUACAUCAACCAUUUUACUCACAUUUCGGAAAAUAAGCUAAAUCCAGGUCCCGUGAGACGGAAGUACAGCUCAUGUUCCACCAUAUUCCUUGACGAUAGUACUGUCAGUCAGCCCAACCUAAAGUACACCAUCAAAUGUGUAGCCCUCGCCAUAUACUACCACAUAAAGAACAGGGAUGUCGACGGAAGAACGGUGUUGGACAUUUUAGAUGAAAAACUACAUCCGUUAACAAAGUCCGAGGUUCCUCCUGAUUACGACAAACACCACCCCGAGCAGAAGCAGAUCUACCGCUUCGUCAGGACGCUGUUCAGUGCUGCACAGCUGACCGCCGAGUGUGCGAUUGUCACGCUGGUGUAUUUGGAGAGGCUCCUGACAUACGCCGAGAUCGACAUCUGUCCAGCCAACUGGAAACGAAUUGUGCUCGGAGCCAUCCUCUUGGCCUCCAAGGUGUGGGAUGACCAGGCGGUGUGGAAUGUGGACUACUGCCAAAUCCUGAAGGAUAUCACUGUGGAGGACAUGAACGAGCUGGAGCGCCAGUUCCUAGAGCUGCUGCAGUUCAAUAUCAACGUGCCAUCCAGCGUCUACGCCAAGUAUUACUUCGAUCUGCGCUCCAUGGCUGAGGCCAACAGCCUGAGCUUCCCUCUGGAACCCCUCAGCAGGGACAAAGCCCAAAAACUGGAGGCCAUCUCGCGGUUGUGCGACGACAAAUAUAAGGACUUGAGGAAACAGGCCAAGAAGCGGUCAGUAAGUGCCGACAACCUGCAGGUUGUGCGCUGGUGUCCAGCCAUCAUUUCCUAACACUGGCCUCAGGCGGCACGCAGCAGAGGAAACACAGACCUGUCAGACUGACUCACUGCCUGGUACACAGGCGAAACCAGGUGGAUAGCAAUCCUGCGGAUCUGUGUAAACACACACACACGCACACACAAACACACUCACACACACAAACAAAGUGUGGCACCUCUACAAGUGUGGUUGCACCCUUCCUGGGUGGUUGUACAUAAGUGGAUUCCCACUGGCUGCGUGCACAGAACCAACCGGAGUGGAGCUGAAGCGAACUGAAACGUGCGAGCGAAGGCAAAAAGAAGAAGAGGCCAAAUGGAAUUUGGAGGAAAAAAUAAAGCAAGAAAUUGGGAACUAGGUUAAUAAAAAUUCAACUGGUGACCUCAGCAGGUCUUUAUAGUUGACUGAAGACUGGGAUGGACUUUUUUUUAUUAUUAUUAUUAUUCCUACUUUUGAAGCAGGACAUCGUCAGCUUUUAGACACGUCUAAAACCUUCAUGUUGUUUCUACGGUUUAUCUCACUGUUUGGUUUUUCUGUCUCUGUUCAUUUAUUCAUUCCCAUUAGAAAACAAAAUAGGAAGGAGAAACGUGAACAACGAAAAAAACAAACAUUCCAUUUAACCACAUGUCCACCGUGACGAAACAUCCCUCAACUGUUGUCAUGCAGAAUGUCAACAGUGAGAAGAUGUUUUUUGUUUUGUUUUUUUGGAGACGCUCUUGAUCAGAUUUAUUCACAGAACGGUUUAUUCUCAAGGUCACUCCGCCAACAUUUAGUUACAGCCUAAAGCAAUAUUCAUGCAUCACCUGGAUGUUAUGAUCAAAUACACUCGGGAGAGAGUCUGACUGGAAGACCUGGCUCCGCUUCUCUGAGACACUGUAGAGCUUCUCUUCUUAUUUCACUGCCGUUGUCCCGACCUGUGGUGCCUGUAAUCAGCCUCGUCUAACACUUUUCCACUUUUCGUAAAUGAACAAAUAACCAAUUUUAUAAAAUAUUAUUACGAUCAUUUCCUCACUUCAUUUUGAAUUGUUCUUCCAGCUCACCAACAGCACAAACGCAAUAUUCUGACAUGUAAAAGCCACGACGGGAAUAAACCUUCAGUCUUGUUUUCGUUUAUACUCUUCAGGAAAAAAAAAAAAAACCCAAACAGGUAAAAAGUGACACUGUAGACACAAAAACAAAGAUUGUAAAAUAUAUAUAUAUAUAUAUUUAUUGCUGAAUUGUUUUAGUGCAGUGAAAACACAGCACCUGUGGACUAAUCUGUAAACCUAAGCCGCACUGAAAAGAUAAAAAAAAAAAAAAAAGUUCACAUACUUGUACCCAAGAAUUAGAACGAUGUUAGAGUAUUUAUACUGGAACAGUUUCUACUGUAAAUGACAAGAGGCAGUGAAGAAAAAUGUUGACGUCUUAAACGGGAGACACCACUCGAGAUUUUUUUUGUCGGUUUUUUAUGUUUUGUUUUUCUUUUUUUUUUACUGCAGAAAUUAAUGCUUUUACGUGUUAAAUGCUGUGUUUGCUGAAGUGAUAAAUCAAGACAAGUCAGGUUUAUUUAAUUUUAUUUUUUAUUUAAAACAUACCCACACUUUUCUAGGUUUAUGUUUGUUUGCUUGUUUUUUUGUUUUUGUUUUUUUCCAUAAAGGACAGUAAUACUUGUUCUGUAUAGAGCCUUGAAACUUAUAAAAUGUUUUACUGGGGUUUUGAGAGAAGUUGUAAAUGUAAUUUAAUAUUGUUUGUUUAAUAAAAAACGAUUUUUUAAAGGAAUGUGUAACAGUUAACAUGUGCUGCGUCAAUAAAAAAAAA